AUGGCGAGAGUUAAUCGUUUCGGCUUUUUGGCCAUUGCGAUGGCUUUCCAUCUGGUGUACAUUUAUUCAAUCUUUGAUAUUUAUUUUGUGAGUCCCAUCGUAUCUGGGAUGCGCGAAUUCGGGGUCGAGAGGCCAGAUGGAGUGGAAGCUCCAGCAAAGCGUUUGGUGCUUUUUGUAGGUGAUGGUCUCCGAGCAGACAAAGCUUUCCAAUCAUUUCCAGAACCAUACCCAAAAUUAGAAGAAGAUCUUGUUCCACGGCCUCUUGCGCCAUUCCUUCGCUCGCGGGUCCUUGGACAUGGUACCUUCGGUGUCUCUCAUACUCGAGUUCCUACGGAAUCCCGCCCAGGACAUGUUGCGCUCAUCGCGGGCAUGUACGAAGAUGUAUCGGCAGUUGCUACUGGAUGGAAACUCAACCCGGUGAACUUCGACAGCGUUUUCAAUAGAAGUAGACAUACUUGGUCAUGGGGAAGUCCAGAUAUCUUGCCAAUGUUUCAAUUGGGCGCUGUGCCAGGUCGUGUGGAUGCAUAUACAUAUUCUGCCGAGGAGGAGGACUUUUCAAAGGCAGCUAUACAUUUGGAUAUCUGGGUAUUCGAUAGAGUCAAGGCUCUUUUUGCAGAAGCUGCUACAAAUGCUACUUUAAACGCCGCAUUAAGAAAAGACAAAAAUGUGUUCUUUCUACAUCUCCUUGGCUUGGAUACUACAGGUCAUGGUUUCCGCCCAUACUCGAAAGAAUAUCUAUAUAACAUCAAAGUUGUGGAUGAAGGUAUUAAAGAAGUAACGAAAGUUAUUGAAAAUUUCUAUAAAGAUGAUAAGACCGCUUUCGUCUUCACGGCUGAUCAUGGAAUGAGUGAUUAUGGAAGUCAUGGCGAUGGGCACCCAGACAACACACGCACUCCCCUGAUUGCAUGGGGAUCUGGAGUCGCGAAGCCGAUUGUGCAGGCCCAUGGAAUUGCACCAGGGCAUGACGAGCUAUCCUCAGAUUGGGGUAUGGACCACAUUCAUCGACAUGAUGUUUCACAAGCAGAUGUUGCAGCUCUCAUGGCAUAUUUGGCUGGUGUUAACUUCCCAGUGAAUUCUGUUGGAGAAUUGCCUCUAUCAUAUCUUGCUGCGGAUAUUCCUGAAAAAUCUGAAGCUUUCCUAGCUAAUGCUAGAGGUAUUCUUGACAUGUAUCGAAUCAAAGAAGAGCACAAGAAAGCCACUGAGUUGAGGUAUCGACCAUUUGAGGGUCUCGGAGACCAAAACCAUACUGCCGAGCAUCGAUUAGCUGAUAUUAGAAAUCUGAUUGAUCGAGGACAAUAUGAAGAAGCAAUUCGUGAGACUGCAGAGCUCGUUAGACUUGGUUUGGCUGGUCUUCGAUAUCUUCAAACAUACGAUUGGCUCUUUCUGAGGGCCCUCAUCACGAUGGGUUAUUUGGGGUGGAUCACGUUUGCCCUCACCACUGUCAUGGAUCUUCAUGUUCUUCAUGGUAAAGCUGAGACUUCUAGAACUUUAGCGGCCAGUCUUUUCUUCUCUUCAAUUCUUGUUGCACUUUUCGCUUCUUUUAUUGUUUCUGAGUCACCUGUAACAUAUUACGCCUAUGCUAUUUUCCCGGUGGCAUUCUGGGAAGAAGUAUAUGCCCGCCGAAAUGCUCUCGUCGAGGGCGGAAGAGCACUAUUUGGUCAUGUCAAGUCACCAAUUGCUUAUAUUGGGACAUUCAUCAAAACUAUUAUUUUCCUAGGCGUUAUAGAAUCGCUCGCAUGGGGUUAUACCCACAGAGAGAUUUUCUCUGCCUUGUUCGUCAGCGCAACCUUCUGGCCGGCAUUCUACGGCUUGGGAUUUUUGAAAGAAAACAAAGCAUUAACAUUAACAUGGGCUGUUUCCUGUCUGGGAAUGAGCACUUUCACAUUACUUCCUGCAAUGAAAGUUGAAGAUAUAGAUCUUAUUUUGUAUGGUGGUGCGUUGAUGGUAGUCGUAGGUGUUUUGUAUCUUGCUUUUGAAAAGAAGCUACUCGCAAAAUCCAAGAUGACGGGAGAUUCUAUUGCGCCAGCCGAUAAUCUUCUAUCCCGCACACUUAUUGGAGCACAGAUUGGGUUGAUUGUCCUAUCGAUGCUUGUUACGAGAUCUACUGCAAUGUCCUUACAGGCAAGAACGGGACUUCCUCGAGGCAACCAAAUAGUUGGUUGGUGCUUGAUUGUGGCGUCUAUUAUAAUGCCCUUUCUGCACCGUCUACAGCCCAACAAUCAUUAUCUACACCGAUUGAUGAUUGUAUUUCUCACAUUUGCACCACUCUUCGUAAUUCUCACCAUCUCUUACGAAGGAUUGUUCUACUUGGCAUUUUCAGCCACUCUGAUCACCUGGGUUCUAUUGGAACACGGCAUCUACAAAUACACUUCAAGUAAAACAACAAAAGUCAAGGCAAAUGGUGCUCCAAUUCCCGAGGUCCCUACUUCAUUAUCCUCUUCUCCAUUCCGCUCUCUCACAUUGACUGACGCACGGAUAUCUCUGUUCUUCCUCAUACUUCUACAGUCGGCAUUUUUCAGCACGGGAAAUAUGGCAUCUGUCUCAUCUUUCAGUCUGGAAAGUGUGAAUCGUCUAAUCCCAGUCUUUGAUCCUUUCUCCCAAGGAGCUUUGUUGAUUGUGAAGCUUAUGAUUCCAUUUGCAUUGAUCUCUGCGAAUCUGGGUAUCCUAAACAAAAGACUAGGCGUCGCGCCCUCAGCCUUGUUUAUGGUGGUAAUUGCUAUUAGCGAUUUCUUGACCUUGCAUUUCUUCUGGGUGGUGAAGGAUGAAGGGUCAUGGUUGGAGAUCGGCUCGACGAUUAGCCAUUUUAUUAUUGCAAGCUUGCUUUGUCUUUUCGUGGCUAGUUUAGAGGGGGUUAGUGAGCUGUUUAUUGCGGGGGUAGAGGUGGAGGAUCAUUCUAGUCAGAUGGAGAAGGAGCGGGAGCUUGGGGGGGUGGUUAGGGAUGCGAAGGAGGAGAAGAAGAGGAGUGAAAAUGAGACGAGUAGGAUCGGCGUGAAUGGGAAUGGAAAUGGAAAUGGAAAUGAGAAAGACAAAAGUACUUAG